UCUUCACAGGUCAGGAAAGACAGCCAUACACCUCCGUUUCUAACAAAGGAUAUCGUUGGAACCAGUAAUAUCCGCAAAGAUUUUGAAGUGAUGUGAAACACAUGGGUGACCAGAUGGCUGUCCUGUGCAUACCUACAGUCUAUCCCAUGCAAUCGCUGCUCUUUCUCAUCCUGUUCUCUGCCACACUGAACGAGAGGGCGUCUUCUUGUCCGCGAUCAUGCAACUGCCCUAACGUAAGAGAGGUGCACUGCACCUUCCGCCACCUGGCAGCUCUUCCCUCCGAAUUGCCCAGGGCCAGCAAACGCAUUAAUCUAGGUUAUAACAGCCUCAAACGAGUGACUGCUUCAGAUUUUGGAGAAUUUCUUGAGUUGGAGAUGCUCUUGCUUCAUGGAAAUGACAUCAAAUAUUUGAGUCCUGGGGCAUUUUAUAAUUUGCGUCAUCUAAAUAUCCUGAAGCUGAGCUACAACAAGCUAGAGGUCCUGUACAGGGGCAUGUUCGAUGGCAUGACUGGCCUCGUUCGCCUGCAGCUGGACCACAACAAGCUGGAUUUUAUAGAGCCAUUCUCCUUUGACGGACUCAAGUCACUGAAGCUCUUGCAGUUGGAUGGGAACCGACUGAGAGACCUACACCCCCACACCUUCGUGACGAUGUCUUUUCUUGGAACAUUCUGGAGCUCUGGCAUUCACCACCUUCAUAUUGCAGAGAACGACCUGCGAUACCUUUUGCCCGGCACGCUUCAACCACUGACCAAACUAGAGAGCCUCUCUCUGCACGGGAACCCUUGGACCUGCGACUGCAACUUCAGAUGGCUGCUGGAGUGGAAUGAAAAGCACGAGGGGGUGAUCAAGUGCAAAAAGGAUUCUGGUAACAGUAUGAACUGUGCAACGUGUGACUCACCACGCCUGCUUGAAAACAACCAAGUUUUCCAACUGCCACCUGAGCGCUUCCUCUGCAAACCUCCCUCCAUUGACUCUCCUCUCAAAAUGGAGACCAGUGAUGCUGAAGAUGAGACAGAACCAGACGUACCAUACAUGAGAGACCUUGUGCCCAGUCUAGGACGCCUUACGUUUGCAUUGUCAGACAGUAAUGAGAAUGUGGCGCACGCUGCCUGUGACGUGGGCCACCCGCUGGACAGCACAGCAGUGACGUGGGACACCAGUAAGAAUGCAGAGGUCGCGGUGAACGUGACCCUGGCUAGCCUGUUGGAGUGUGACAUUGAAAGGGACGAACUUCACAGCAUGUGGAGGCUUAUUGCUUAUUACUACGACAGCCCUGCGUUAUUAGACCGAGGUGCAAAACAUGAAAAUGCUUCGAAGUCGGUUGGUUUUAAGUACUCCCAAGUUUUAAAUGAAGACGCUGCAUACUUUACGGACCUUAAGGGACACAUCAUGGCUGAACCCCCAUGGCUUUUACAACCAAGAAUUUCACUACAGCUUAAUCAGCGCAAAACGUCAACAAAAAAGUUAGUGUUAAACUUCGCAAUAUUAAUCUCAAGUAGUGGACUUUCACACAGUCAAGACAGGCCAUCCUGGGCUUUAAUAGAACGAGCUAAAGCAACUCGAAUCCAUACAGUCUUUCAGGGAUCUAACGUGACUUUUGAUUGUGGCAUACAGAGCUCAGAAGAAAGGCAGGUGGAAUGGAUACUCCCUGACUCAACGCUGCUUGACACAUCAGUUUCAAACAAUAUCAUAACAGAGGAGAAUAGUUUACAUUUAAGUAAUGUUUCACUGCUGGAUGCCGGUCUUUAUCAUUGCCUAGUUAGAUCUGAAGUGGAGGUGGAUGCUGUAUCUUUCAGGCUGGCUGUUAGGGAGAGACUGAUAAGUGCAAGCGAUAUAAAUGGAAAGAGGAUCACUCUGGAAAGUGGAAGCAAACUAACACUCGACUGUUCCAUUUUCUCAACUUAUCCCACUGAAACCACCUGGUUUCUCCCCAAUUCUAAAAUCAUGAGACCCUCACAGUCAAAUCGGAGAGAGUCUGUUCUUCAGAACAAUACACUGAUUAUAGAAAAUGUGAAUCAUGUUGAUUCAGGAGUGUAUAGCUGUUCAUCUGUUAAUCUGUAUGGAGUCGAUAUGCUUUCGCAUCACGUCUUAAUCACAGGUGAAGCAUUAGAAACAGACGAACUGGACGAUAUAAAUGAAAACCAAUCUUCUUCAACCGAGUCUGAAACAGAGGGUUCAGCUUCUGAUGAGUUUGGGUAUCAAUUACCAAAACAGCAGCAUCCUACUGAAGGGCGAGUAAGAGAGAAUUACCAUUCAAUAAAGUUGAGCGAAUCAGUUCAAGAGAUGGAUGGCACAUAUUGGGCCAAUGAAAAAGAUGAUGAAAACGAUAACACUAGGUCACUGGCACCACACACUCAGGUCACACCAACAGCAUACGCAACAGAUGAGACAAACGUACCGACGACCACCAUGGCUGCAUCAGCGAUAUCAACCUCUACCACAAAUAAUGAAGAUAAUAUCAGUAGGGCAGGUCAAGGAAAGCAAAAUGCAUCUGAUAAACCGGCAGCAGAAGAAGAAAUAAAAAUGAUAAACUAUCACAGAACUGCAUCACAGUCAAGAACAGAUAACACGGGCACAAGCGCUAAGUUCAAACUAAUAAAUAGGUUAAGCAAAAACGCAACACAGACACAGAGAACUUUCCGUCGCAAAAGGCCACUGGUGCGAAGGCCUCAUCCCAAUCGAUAUGACAGUUCUAACAAGGACACGACACCUGAUGCCUCAACAAUAACAACAUCUCGCAGUGAGACCAGGAACAAGAAUCAUUCAAAUGUAGAAACUAUUGAUGCAGACAUAAGAGGGAGGCAUCGGUUUAGAAACAGAAAUUCAAAGUCUCCUAGCAUAGCACGUCAACCAAAUGAGUACUCAAAAACUGAAAUAGAAGCUUCAGAUAUAAUUAAUAGUGAACAUGAAUUAAUAAGAUAUGAUAGCGCAAAACUUGAAGAUCACACAUCUGGAAAGGAAAAAGAAAACAAUUCACAAACUGAAAAUGUAAGCAUUAAAGAAGUAAGUACAAAAAGAAAUAAGCUCAAACAAACUAAACCAUCAACGACUUUGUCUCCCAGCUAUGAUAUCACUACUACUGAUCUACCAUCAUCAGUGUUUCCAACAUCAACUGAAGCCAUCCCUGACCUACCCACACAGAGACCCCGUACAGUUGCCAUCAGUGAGUCUUACCAUUGGAGUAUUCAACAAGGGCCCUCACUGGUAACCAGUCACCCCAAAACAACCACCUGGUCUAUGAAACGUACAACUUCCACAACUGCCAGGCCUCCCUACUCUACUACACGUUUGACGAAUGGCAGUCAGGGGCACAUUGGAUAUGGAAGAGCCAAAAAGCCGAGCAUUUCAGCACCCUUCACAAACACGGUGGCCAGUGGACUGAAGCCACGGAUUACUUCUACAAAUACAGAUGUGAUUUAUGCAAUGCCAGAGGGAGAUGUAUUUCUCCCCUGUCAAGCCUAUGGUACUCCGAAACCUACAAUUUCAUGGAGAAAGACAUCAACAGGAACUACAAUUCAUGCUGGUCUACAUCAGAAGGAAACCACAAAGUUUGAAGUUCUUCAAAAUGGUACCUUAAUGAUCAAAAACAUCAAGCUGGAUGACAGAGGACAGUAUUUGUGUUUCGCACAAAAUAGAUUUGGUGUGGCCCACAGUGUGGCCACUCUAGAUGUCAUGACCGGGACCCCAAAAAUUACAAGGUUACAUUCUAAAGAUUUGUCGUUGCAUCUUGGCGACUCAGUAAACCUUCACUGCAUUGCACAGGGUAAACCCAGACCGCAGAUCUCAUGGAUCCUUCCUGACAAGACUGUGCUACAUGAGGUCGGUACCUACGCUGUGGCGUCACUCUUUCCAAAUGGCACGCUCAACAUCCCAUCAGUAACCAUGGAUACCAAAGGACAUUACCAGUGCAUUGCCAGCAGUAGGGCAGGAAAGGAUUCAGUGACUUACAAUGUCAGUGUUAUAGUUUCACUGCCAACCAUCAACGAGAAGACGGCUGAAACCUUGGCAGUAGCAUUGGGAACGAGUGUCUACAUGCACUGUACAGCCGGGGGGCAACCCCAACCAGUCAUUAGAUGGAAUCUUCCAAAUGGGCCGUGCUCAGAACCUAGCCGAAGCUUUAGAAAAUGCCCCUACGUGUUUCCCAAUGGGACUCUGUACAUCAAAAGUGUUUCGGCAACUGAUGGUGGAAGGUACGAGUGCACUGCCACCAACCCAGUGGGUACCGCCAAGCGCCUGUUGCUGCUUGACACCAAAGUAGAGUCCUACCUCCCACCAGAGAAUGAGGAGCUGCUCAUCAGUGCCGAGUAUGGGUCCACGGUCUACCUCUACUGUUCCCAUCAUGGUCCAGUCUGGAGGCUGCCAUCAAAGAAAGUUCUUGCACAUCACUACAGCUCUGAAAGAUUCAUCACUGCUUUCCCCAAUGGAACCCUGAGAAUUCAGCACCUGACUGAGAAGCUUGCGGGCACAUACACGUGCAUGUCCCAGCAGGCUAAUGCAGAAGACACACAUUUUCAAGUGGAGAUCAAAGCGAAGGCCCCCAAGCUUGAGAACACCAGUGUCUCUCUCAUAAGUCUCCCCCUCAGUGGAAAACUACUGGUAGAUUGCGGUAUAUAUUCUGAUGUACCAAAUCCUGAGAUAUCCUGGAGCCUUCCGGAUGGCACAGUUAUCAAGUCAGACCAAAGCAGCCAAAGACAUUUGGGCCGUUAUUUUGUCUUUGGAAAUGGGACACUAUUGCUCAAACAAAUUACACAAGAAGAUGAGGGGGACUACAGAUGUUACAUGAAGAAUGCAUCAGGAGAGGAUGAAAUGAAAGUGAGCGUCAGAGUGGUUGCAGUCUCUCCCACAGCCUCUCCAAAAAUACAAGGCUCGGUCAUGGCCGAACUCGGAAAGCCAGCGCACAUGAAAUGUAAAUCUCAUGGGUAUUUCCUGAGUCCUGUCACCUGGUUUUCUCCAAACAAUAGUGUUAUCUCAUCCACUUCGGAAGGCCAUCAAAUUUUGAAAGAUGGAACACUACUCAUCAAAAAAGUCUCAUUACGUGACGAGGGGAGAUACACUUGUUCAUCGCAAAAUUCUGUCAUUAACUAUCUAAAGCUCGAGGUUGAAAAUAACGAGCCGUACAUCAAUGGGCUGAGGGGGCACAGCAGCAAAAACAUUUUAGCCGUGACCUUUCAAACUGUUCUAAUGGACUGUCAAACGGAGGGAAAGCCAGAGGCCCACGUCACCUGGACGACAUCGUCAGGGUCGUCCAUGACUGCCCCAUAUGCAGGUGGCCGGUUUCAAGUGCAUAAAAAUGGCAGCCUGGAGUUGAGAGGUGCCAGAAAAUCUGACGAAGGUCAAUUUAAAUGUUUUGCGAAAAAUGACUAUGGAGAAGCACAACUCACAGUCACUUUAAAAGUAGAAACACUCGCUGAAAAGCCCAGCUUUUCCAAUCCAAACGUACAAAUCUACCCGAUCAAAUCAGACGGAGUCGAUUUAACUUUAGAUUGCUCUGCAACGGGUAAACCAAGUCCAUUGUUCCUGUGGAUUCUACCAAACAAUACUAAGCUGAAUCCAGGUGCCAGGAUGCACAGGUUGAGACAUUUCCCAGGGACGGGAGCUUUACACAUCACCAGUCCAGUGGCUGCUGACAAAGGGAUUUACCGCUGCGUGGCCAGAAAUGUGGCCGGCGUGGCUGAGAAAAGAUAUGAAUUGCGAGCUGGACAGAAACCUUACAUCCGUGGUAAUGGAGGCCCCGUGAAGGUCACUUUUGGGCAAACACUGACCCUCCCGUGUACUGUCGAGGGCUGGCCCGACGCCUCAGUUUCGUGGAGUCUGCCAAAUGGCCGAACUCUGGUGAGUCCCCAAGACUCUGACAGAGUGUCAUUUCAAGUAAACAACACACUGCAGGUCAAAGACGUAGGCAAGUUUGACAGAGGAUCUUAUAUAUGCAAAGCUACCAAUGCGUAUGGGUCUUCUUUCUUGUCUUACCCAGUUACAGUGGUGGUGUAUCCUCCACGAAUUACAUCUGCACCCCCUGCCAUAGUCAGGGCAUACAGGGGGAAAUCUGUCACACUGAGCUGUGUCUCUGACGGCAUUCCCAAGCCUGACAUCUCUUGGACCUUACCCGGCCGCACAACACUUGUGUCCAGUAGUCGCUUCACAGCACAAGGCGGAGUUCGCGUGGAGGAGGGCGGUAGUCUGGUCAUAGUCGACCCGGGCCUGAUGCACUCAGGAAUUUACAAAUGUAAUGCGAAAAAUUUGCUGGGGACUGAUUUUAAAGCAACAUACCUUCAAGUGGUUUAAGCCAUUGUCAAAGUGAAGGCCUUCACCAUGGACACAUCUGACAACUUUGAAUGUACACAGGUCUAUUUCUGAAAUAUUGAUGUGGAAUGACUUUCAAUGCUAUCCAUUGUUGAAUUGGACUGCCCACCACAACAGCCAAUUUAUCCAGAUUCAUCCACAUUACACACACACACUCAAAUAGUAAUAUCAAGCAAUCGUAACAUAAUUUCAUCACAUCAAGACCUACUAGCGCAGGACGACUGUGUAGUUCUACUUAUCUGAAAGACGUUAUCAAAUCCAAUCAUCUAACUAACAGUACACUGCUUCAGGCCUCUACAAUAUAAUAAUAUUAUAUAAUAUUAUUAUUAUUAUUACAAUAUGGCAAAAAAUAUUGUGCAGCCUUAUGCACCACAUUCAGCACUUUUUAUAAACCACUUGUUCAUAAGAUAUUGGCAGCACAGUCAUAAAGGGUUAUAAUGCACAAAUUAAGCAUUCAUAAAGGUUCAUAAUGCAUUAACAAAGCUAUGUAAUGGCUGACAAGUAUUCACACUCUCGGAAAUGAUUGGAGCCCUAUGUCUAGAUGCAGCAAGUGGGGUAUUAUCAAGAGAACGUAAGGUACACCAGACCAACAGGGUGUGCAUUUCUCGAAACCAUAGUUGCUGCCUUUGUUAGCUACUUUGUUGUGUGCAAUGCAAUUUCCCAUUGACAACUACCCAAGUUGCUAACUGGCAACAACUAUGCUUUCAAGAAACGCACCGCAGAUAACCACAAGGCUGCUAUUAUUUGAUGAAACCUGGGCAUCUGUUACACCUCAACAGUGCUCACAGGCUGAUCACCUCCAUGCCACCCCACAUCAGUGCAGUAAUUCAUGCAAAAAGGAGGCUCAAGCUGUCAGGCUUUGGGCUUUUUCUCGUCAUAUUCCUGUUUAUAUUCCCAUUACCCGUUUGUUUUCUUGAUUUAAGCUUCCCAUGUGGUUUUGUUUACUUUCUGGUUUUGGUUUCUGCUUGUCAUGACGUGUUCCUGUUUGUUCUUCUCUCCCUAUGCGCUCUUCUGUUCAACUAUCCAAUAUUCCUGCCCCCCACCAUGUUUCCCAGUUUGUUUCUAAUCUGAGUUGUGUUAGUUUCCAGCAAAGAGCAUAAAUAGGAAGAAAGCUUACUGAAGUUAUACAUUUAUACACUAUGGGCCAUUUCUGCCGCCAUUUUACAGGGAGCAGAAGUCACCCCUUCAUCUUUUUUUUUAAAUGUAUGCAGAUAAGCACACAUUAAACUCAUCACAAUGACAUAUCGGUUCAGUCUGCAUGUGUGACUCACAUGCAUUGCCUCUCUAAAUGGUGACACCCAUGGAACAACUAUUGUAAUGCCGGUAACACUUAACUU